GAACUCGAAAGUGGACAUUAUUCCUGCUGACAAGGAAUUUGAACGGCUUGGCAGAAUAUCCAAUACUGUCACGUUGGAAUUACGACCAUAACUACUAUACAUCGGAGGACGCAGAACACAAACAUGAACCUGAAUGCAGUAUCGCUUUUUGGCUCAUCGCCAACCCAGUCCAUGUCGGCGAUUGCGUCGGCCUCAAGCAGCUUGCAUCCGACCGCUACCGUACAUGCGCCUCUAACAGAGGAUCAAUCCAAGCCAAAGCUGAAAAGGAACAGGAUAACA